AUGAUGAACCCCGCGGACCAGGCCAACUCUAGCACGGGAAACUCAUGUAUUCAGUUGUCUUGUAGUGGGGAUCAGCUUGUUUUCUCGGGCUGUCAGGACUACAAGGCUGACCACGCCCCCUUUUCACACCCUCACUGGGAUCUCUUCCCUCGCCUCACCCACAAGGCUCAUAUCAUAUUUGGCGUGUUUGCCUUGGUCUUUGGAAUAGCUGCAAUAUUAGGUAACCUUGCCGUAAUAUGGACGUUUUGCAGACACCGGAGUUUGCGGACCACAGCCAACAUUCUCAUUAUUAACCUGGCAGUAGCCGACUUAGUGAUGGCCAUCCUGGUGGUCUUCAUGCACUCAAUCUCGGCGUUGACUGGCCGUUGGCUCUUCGGAGGAACAGGUUGUAUGGUGUACGCUGCCAGCUGCGCGCUGGCUGCAUUUGUAUCAAUAUCCUCUAUGACAGUAAUAGCCUUGGAGCGCCAUUUGGUGAUCACACAGAAGUACGCCCUCACGCACAUCCUCACGAAAACAAAGGCUAUUCGCUGGUGUAUUGGAACCUGGUUGUACUCCAUCUUCCUCUCCUGCAGUCCGUUUUUCGGCUGGGGUCGCUAUAUUCCGGAAGGAGUGGAGACAUCCUGUACAUUCGAUUUUUUUUCACGUGACUGGAACAAUCUCAGCUUUGUGUUAACCAUAUCUGCUUUUGGAUUUGCCAUUCCUUUAUGUAUAAUAUGUGUUUGUUACAUGGGUAUUUUGAUCGCCAUUACGAAUCACGAGACGGAGAUUCGCAAAACGGGCGUGGCCCUCUGUAUAAGUGAGGUUCGCCGAGCUUCCCAAAUGAGAGGUACAAAAACAGAUGUUCGGACAGCAAAGAUUAUCUUCUCUACAGUCACAUUGUUUUGUCUUAGCUGGAUGCCUUACAGUAUUAUUGCUUUUAUUGGUUCGUUUGGUAACGCCUGUUUUGUGACGCCUCUUGUCUCCGCCAUUCCUGGCAUGAUUGCCAAGGCGACUACUAUGUUGAACCCUCUGGUGUAUGCCCUGUGCCACCAGCGGUACAAGAGGAAAAUGAAACAGUUGUUUAGGUGCUACAGCAACCGUUCAUCGAUUCGGAGACAGUCUGUCAUUGGUAUGGACCAGAGGGGCUCUUCCAUAAAUGCCAGCGAGUCUAAGGACUUGUGUAAACGGAUCAAAACCAGAUUGUCUUUCCGGUCCUGGGACAGCCGUAAAAGCUCCCAAAUCAUCCAAGCUGGAACGCCCACACUCCUCAGAAGCCAACGUUGGAUUCGACCUCACAACUUCACCAGUCACGGGGAUAAUAAUGUUUGA